UGAGGAAAGGCCUAUAAAUAAAAGGGUGAAUGAUGGAGGUUGCCAAUUCAACUCAAAUUAUAUUCAUCCCUGAGUAGACUAGCUAGUGAGCAGCGAGCGCCUACAGAUUAAUCUAAAGCUUGUUGCACUAAGGAUUUGAACAACAAGCUAGCUAGGCUAGUUAGAACUUCAAAGCUGUAUGCCCAAAGUACCAACUAUACUAUAUUCAUUAAGGGUUAAUUUGGACCUGUUCUGUUGAGUAUCAUGGCUGAGAAUAGUGGUGUUAUGGAUGAACCUAAGAAGACAUGGAACCUACCCUUCCUAGUUGUCUUCAGUAGAAUCAGUCAUCUUUUCAAGUUGGAUGACCUUGGUAUGGAGAUACUCAGUAUUGCGCUCCCUGCAGCUAUGGCACUGGCAGCUGAUCCCAUUGCUUCUCUGAUAGACACCGCAUUUAUCGGUCAUUUAGGUCCUGUGGAGAUUGCUGCGGUGGGAGUUGCCAUAUCUAUCCUCAAUCAAGCCAACAAGGUCACCAUAUUCCCUCUUGUCAACAUUACCACUUCCUUUGUUGCAGAGGAAGAAAGUGUCAGAAGGAUGACUGAAUCAACUGUCAAAGCGAAAGAACUUACAAAGGAAAAGCCAAAAGAUUGUGAACUUGAGAAGAUGGAGACUGGUCUUGCCACAAGCAAUGGAACUAAGAUAUCUACACACCAAGAUGACACCAAAACAAAAAAUGUGUGCACAACUCCAACUGAAAACAAUGCAAUCAAGAAGAAAGUUAAACGAGAGAAGCGCCAUAUUCCUUCAGCUUCAACUGCACUGGUUAUGGGUAUCAUUCUUGGCCUUCUCCAAACUGGAAUGCUCAUCCUUCCGUCCAAACAACUUUUGGGUUUAAUGGGUGUCAAACCUGAAUCUCCCAUGUUUGCCCCUGCACAGAAGUAUAUGUUCCUCAGAGCCCUUGGUGCCCCUGCAGUACUUCUCUCUUUGGCAAUGCAAGGUAUCUUCCGUGGUCUAAAGGACACCAAAACUCCUUUAUAUGCCACUGCUAUUGGAGAUUUAGCUAAUAUAAUGUUGGAUCCAAUCUUUAUAUUUGCUUGUCACUGGGGUGUCAGUGGUGCAGCCAUAGCUCAUGUUAUUUCUCAGUACUUAUUAUGUACAAUCCUGUUCUGCAAAUUAGUAGGAGAAAUUGAACUAUUACCGCCAAGUUUCAAAGCGUUGCAACUUAGUAGGUUUCUCAAGAAUGGAUUCUGGUUACUGGCAAGGGUGAUAGCUGUGACAUUUUGUGUUACUGUGGGUGCUUCAUUGGCUGCAAGAAAAGGUACAACGACUAUGGCUGCAUUUCAAGUCUGCUUACAGGUUUGGCUGACAUCAUCUCUGUUAGCCGAUGGAUUGGCUGUUGCGGGACAGGCAAUUCUUGCAUCCGCAUUUGCUGAAAAAGACUACAGUAAAGCAAAGGCUGCAGCAGCUAGAGUUGUGCAGAUGGGAUUUGUGAUGGGACAUGCACUUGCUCUCGUGGUUGGGCUGGGCUUAUACUUUGGAUCGGGAGUGUUUUCUAAGGACAAGAACGUCAUUCGCCUCAUAACCAUUGCUGUUCCGUUUGUUGCAGGAACACAGCCUUUAAAUUCAGUGGCUUUUGUUCUCGACGGUGUCAACUUUGGGGCAUCAGACUUUUUAUACUCCGCAUAUUCAAUGGUUCUGGUUGCAGCACUGACAAUCAGCUCAGAGUUUUUGCUCUCGAAAAGCAAUGGCUACAUAGGAAUAUGGAUAUCUUUAAGCAUUUUCAUGGUUCUCAGGACGAUAGCUGGUUUAUGGAGGAUGGUAACAGGAGUGGGACCUUGGAGUUUUCUCAGGAUUAAAACUGUCAAAUUACAAUCCAGUACUUGACUUCCUUAGAUUUCAUGUACUCAACAUCCCCACCCACACACACAUCAUCUUCUCCAUGAAGUAUUUCCAAGAAAUAAAUACGUAUCCUUCAUUACAAUUAAAUCAUUAUUCUUAAAUGUUGGAAUCGGUUGCACACCCAUUGUCCCAUCCUAUAUCUGUGUAAUUUACUCAUUUUAAGGGUUCAUGAACAAACGAAUGAAGCAUAUGUUUU